AUGGACUACUUGCAAGAGGUGGAAGACAAAAGAGUUCACGACCAUUUCGAAGAAAAGAUGACAAACUCAUCAAGGCGGGUUUGGGUGCCUGGACCGAUCAUAGUCGGCGCCGGUCCGUCCGGCGUCGCCACAGCUGCUUGUCUCAAAGAAAGAGGUGUUCCAAGCUUGAUCCUUGAAAGAUCUAACUGCAUAGCUUCUUCAUGGCAGCAUAAAACGUACGACAGGCUUCAUCUUCAUCUUCCAAAGCAAUUCUCUGAGCUCCCUCUAAUGUCUUUCCCAUCAAACUUUCCAACUUACCCUACCAAACAACAAUUUGUGGACUACUUAGAGGCAUAUGUACAAUUUUUCGACUUAAAACCAGUGUUCAACAGCACUGUAGUGAGAGCCGAAUUUGAUUCUGGAUGUGGGUUUUGGAGGGUGAAGACAAUGGGAGUGAACAUGGAGGAGAGAGAAUAUGUGUGUCAAUGGCUGAUUGUGGCCACAGGAGAGAAUGCAGAGGAAUUUGUACCAGAUAUUGAAGGAAUGAAUAAGUUUGUUGGGCCUAUUGUUCAUACAAGCUCAUACAAGAGUGGUGAUUCGUUUACGGAGAAGAGUGUUUUGGUGGUUGGAUGUGGGAACUCAGGCAUGGAGGUCUGCUUGGACCUCUGCAACUAUAAUGCUCGCCCAUCCCUUGUGGUUAGAGAUUCUGUGCAUGUAUUGCCACAAGAGAUGCUAGGCCGAUCAACUUUUGGACUGUCCAUGUGGUUGCUUAAGUGGUUCCCCAUUUGGCUGGUGGAUUGGUUUUUACUCUUAAUGACUCGUCUCAUGCUUGGUAACACAGCUAAGCUCGGACUAACCAGGCCAAAGCCAGGUCCCCUCGAACUCAAGUGCAAAUCUGGAAAGACACCUGUGUUGGAUGUUGGUACACUGGCAAAGAUUCGAACCGGGGACAUCAAGGUUUGCCGAGGAAUAAAGAGAUUAACAAGUCAUACAGCAGAAUUUGUAGAUGGGAGGGAGGAGAAAUUUGAUGCCAUCAUCUUAGCUACAGGUUACAGGAGUAAUGUGCCCACUUGGUUAACGGAAACUAACUUCUUUUCCGCGAAAAAUGGAUUACCCAAAAAACCAUUCCCCAAUGGAUGGAAAGGUGAGCAUGGUUUAUAUGCUGUCGGCUUCACCAAGCGUGGUCUACUUGGUGCAUCGUCGGAUGCAAGAAAAAUUGCUGAAGAUAUACAUCAUCAAUGGAAAGCUAGAGUAAAUAUUGAGUGUAACGGUGACAUUACGUGA